AUGUCCAACCGAGACCCAUCUAAACCAUCACUCGAGGCUUUGACAGACGGUCGCCAUCCAUUUUCUCUGCCGUGGGGCCAUGAUGUAAGAGUCCUUCUCGGCGGCUUCAAGGUGGAAGACAUGAGCAAGCAAAAGGGCCCUUGGACGAGGACAAGUGCGUUCGAAAUCUCAGGCUCGGAGAUGCUGGCCAUCGUUCCAGACACGAAGGGAGGGUCAAUGUCAUACAGGGACGGCAUGACUACAAGCUCAGAAACAUCCGACGAUCAUCUGAGCGCUUCUCUAGGAUUAACUGUCGGCUAUCCUUUUCUGAACGCCUCAGUCACUGGAGACUAUGAUAGAAAUGUGAUGGAGAGUCACAAUUCCAUCCGAGCCUCGCGGAAUGCGUCAUGCCGUUUGGGUCGAAUAGUGUUGGAUCAGCCGCCGCCACUUUCAAUAGCUGCUAAAUCUAUGGUGCAAAGCCAGGGGCCCCGGCAAUUUGCGAAUGUUUAUGGAGACUAUUAUGUCUCAGGCUACGAGCUUGGUGCUGAUGCAGGGGCAUCCCUUUCAGCGACAACGGAGUCCAAAGAAUCCGAAGAAAGACUGGCGAUCACGGUUAAAGUCAAGGCGCUCUUCUUUGACAAAGCGUUGCCAGAGGUCGUAACAACCACCAAUUCUGCCCAUUCUUCUUCCUGCAUUACCUUUGUUGGGUAUAGCACCCUAGGCAACAGCAAGCGUUCGGUCGAAGCUAAAGAUUUAUCGCCAAUGGGACUUGGUGGUCUGCAAAAGAUCUCAACUUCCUUCCUCCAAGAAGUUGGCGCAUUAGAAGUCACAGCAAGAAAGGAAAUGAAGAAGCUAGGAUUAGUGGAUGGCCAGCUGCUUUCCCUGGACCAAUGCUCAGAAAUCUGCAAGUCAGGGCUUGUUGUUCAGCUCUUAUUGGCACCCUAUCAUCGUCUGGUGGAAUUUGUGGAGCUGGCUGCUGCAAGCAUCUCAUGA